AAAGGAAAUAUUCAAAAGCAGUAUAAAUCUUCCCUGAUAUGUUGCAAAGGAGUAUUUUGUUUGCACGCCAAAGAGGCUUGCUGAUGUGCGGCAAUAUCGUAAGAGGCGUACUUGAGAAAGAAGGUGAUUCAUCUCAAGAGAUUGAAGACCAUGUAAAAAACUUUAAAAUGAAAGAAAUGACUCAUCAUCCUCGUUCUUCUGAGGAGUAUAGGGGCAGCACAAAGGGUUCAGAAGUUGGAGCACGCAAUGAGGCAGCCUUCAUGAACUACAGUGAAGUUUAUCCCAAAACACUCACAGGUAUGUUCGCUAUGCCGGGAGUUGUUAAUUUGUUAACUGUUGUGCCACUUUACUGUUUUUUAAUAUGUUUGGCUUCCGCCGCAUGGGGUAUUUUUUAUUGGGAUCUUUAUUGUCAAAAACACUACGAGUGUGUUCUAAUAUCUAGGCCUAAUGCUUUAAGAGCCGAAAAACAUUGAAAAUAAGUGUUAGACACUUUACUUUAAUCAAAAAAAAAGUAUAUCAUAUAUUUUUUCUUUAUAUAGAUAGAUAUCGCUAUUCAUUUGUAGUCGAAUCCCAAAACUAACAAUAUUUUAGUGCCUUGGAAGCUUUAUUAUCUUAUAGGACUUAGUAACUUUUUGAAUAUAUUUGAAGGAGUCAUUUUAACUCCAAACAGUUUGAUAUAACAACGAAAUAAAAAGUUUACAUUUUACCUUAUUACUCGGUAUGAAUUACCUAUAGUGGUAUAGAGAUCAAUGAAA